AUGAACCGUGUUUUGCUUUUUGGGUAUUUGCUUUCUUUCUUCGUAGUUUUAGCUACUCCUAUCCCUGAUCCCGAACCUGCUUCCUCCGCCCUUGUCCUCUCUGAUCUUCCGCCGUCCUACGAAGCUACCACUACUACUCAGACCGACUUCGUUGUUGGUUCCUUCUCCAACUCCGACACGAAGGAUGGUGUGGAAAAAAGAGGAUUCGCAGUAGUAUCGCCAUCCGACACUGCUUCUGCCAGAAAAGACUUUUGGUGGCCCGAUAGUGCGAUUAGUGAAGAUGGCAAGACAGGUGCUGUUGAAAGGGGUGAUACCAAUGCUGAGAGGAUCAAGCGAGGUCUACCAUUAUUAAAACCUAAAGCACAAUCCACCAAGACCCAGGUGCUCAAACCUCGAAUGUCCUCACCACCAACUAGAGCUGGUUCACGUACUUUCAUAACUUGUUCAACGAAUUUGAACCAACCAUAUACAUUCGGAUAUCAAAAUCAAGUAUUUGGUUCAAAACAACAAGCAGUAGAUGCAUGUGCAUCAUUUUAUUCGAAUUCAGUCAAUACCGUAUUCAUCGGUAUUCAACAGGUAACUGAAAAUACUUUUAAUUGCGCUAAUCCUCAAACUGGUACUGGAGAUGCUUGUACUUUUGGUAAUUUCGCUAUUUAUCAAGCAUAA